AUGGAGGUGCCCCCCAACAGCAGCGCGACCCCCCUCAACGGGUCCCGCAGGGCGCCGCUCUCGCCCUACUCUCCGGGCGCCGUGGCCGGCCUGGCCGCCGUGGUGGGCUUCCUCAUCGUCUUCACCAUCGUGGGCAACGUGCUGGUGGUGAUCGCGGUGCUGACGAGCCGCGCCCUGCGAGCCCCGCAGAACCUCUUCCUGGUCUCGCUGGCCAGCGCCGACAUCUUGGUGGCCGCCUUGGUCAUGCCGUUCUCGUUGGCCAAUGAGCUGAUGGGCGCCUGGCACUUCGGCAAGGCCUGGUGCAACAUCUACCUGGCGCUGGACGUCCUGUUCUGCACCUCGUCCAUCGUGCACCUGUGCGCCAUCAGCCUGGACAGGUACUGGUCCGUCACGCAGGCGGUGGAGUACAACCAGAAGCGGACCCCGCGGCGGAUCAAGGGCACCAUCCUGCUCGUCUGGCUCCUCUCGGCGCUCAUCUCCUCGCCUCCUCUGGUCUCCAAGUACUGGCAGCCCCCCGGAGAGGCGCCCGCCACGUGCCAGCUCAACGACGAGACCUGGUACAUCCUCUCCUCGUGCAUCGGCUCCUUCUUCGCCCCUUGCCUCAUCAUGGUGCUGGUCUACGUGCGCAUCUACCACGUGGCCAAGCUCAGGACCAGGACGCUCUCGGAAAAGCGACCCGGGCCCGACGGCGCGUGCCAAGCCGAGAAUGGCGCGCCCCGAGCCGGCGGCGGCAGGGGCUUCAUGUCGUUGAGGUCGCCGCCCCGGGAGAACGGCCCGUGGCCCGGCGCGCGCUGGGAGGAAGCCGCGGAGCUGCAGGACGUGGAGCUGGACGAGAGCAGCACCUUGGAGAGCCGGCGCCGGCGGCAAAGCAGGGACGCGGCGGCUCGGGCGCAGGCCAAGCGGCAACAGCCCUUGGCGUCGGCGUCGUGCAAAGCGUCCAGCGGCCGCCUGUCCCGCUCCAGCAGCCGCUCGCUCGAGUUCUUCUCGUCGCACCGGCGGAGGCGCGCGAGCAGCGUGGGCCCCAAGGCGGCGGCGAGCCAGGCGCGCGAGAAGCGCUUCACGUUCGUGCUGGCCGUGGUGAUUGGCGUGUUCGUGGUGUGCUGGUCGCCGUUCUUCUUCAGCUACAGCUUGUACGGCAUCUGCCGGGAGGCCUGCGAGAUCCCCGAGGCGCUCUUCAAAUUCUUCUUCUGGAUCGGCUACUGCAACAGCUCCCUCAACCCGGUCAUCUACACCAUCUUCAACCAGGACUUCCGCAGGUCCUUCAAGCACAUUCUCUUCGGGAGGACGAGGAGGAGGAGGAAGGAGAGGAAGCUUCCCUUCUUGCACUGA